AAGUUCGGAGAUCUUCCCCCCCGUACGCCCCACUCGCAUACACUCCCCACAUCGGCACACAUUGAAGAGAUCGGUUGAGCGAUUUUCGAAAUAUUUUUCAAAAUACUGGAAGGAACAUCGGGUAGCCAAAAAAUUCCCAAAAAAAGCCCCAAAAUGGUUCGCGCCCCGCUGAAGAAGAGGACGCGCGCACGGCGCCGCACUGUGUGGAUCGAGGAUCAGGAGGACUUCGACCUGGUGACCGCCGAGGAGCUGUCGCAGUCGAUUCAGCGCUGGUCCUACGACUGGCAGAGAUCCCCCGAUUCGGAUUCGGACUCGGAGAUCGGAUCCUACCAUCCGCCAAAAUUAAGAGAGUUAAGUGCCUACGGGGAGUGGCGAUUGCCGGACGGGAAGACCAGCUGGGACUUCCACCAGAGCGCCCUCGACCUGAUGGCCAAACUGAAGUCCGAGCCGUACCCGGACAUUUUCCGUCCACCCCCCCUCGUGGGGGCCAAGGGGAGCUCCAACCCCGUGCUCUGUCCCUGGCGGAACUCUGUGCCGCGCUGCCUCUUCGCUGACGCCCUGCCGGCGAUCUACGCCCGCGUGAAGGAGCUGAUGGACCCCCCGGAGUGCGAGGGAGCCGUGGGCUACGACCAGCGCUACUACGAGUCGUCCACCAUGGUCAAGUCGCUGUCCGUGCGCCCGCGGCACUGCCGCUACCCGCCCGAGCGGAGCAACCUGCCGGGCAGGAACCACUCGUGGAUGGACGGGCGGCACUGCGCCCGGUUCUUCGUGGAGCUGAAGGAGCCCCUGCUGGACUACCAGCGGCUCCGGGGGCUGCCGUGGCGCCUACGGCCCCAAACGAGGCCCAACAAGCUGGGCAUCGGGUGCCGAAGCAAUGCCAAGAAGCAGCCCAGGACAUACCGGUCCCUGCGGCCGCGGGCCAGGAUCAUCCUGCACGAGGAGUCCAGCGAGGAGCCGCAGCAGUGGCUCGAGGAGGAGGAGGAGCCCGAACUUGACCUCGACCAGGACCCGGACCCGGACCAGGACCAGGAGAGGGCUUCCUCGCCCUCGGAGGACUUUGUCGAGUGCGAGCCGGACGACUUCGAGCUGGACACGGAGCUCUCCUCGCGCUCCUCCCAGACGUGGGGCAUGGAGAGCUCCCCGCGCCUGCUGCGCACCCAGUCCGAGUUCCUGCUGGAGCUCCCCAAGGACGGCCUCCCGCUCAGGCGCUGGGUCAGCAUGGACAGCCUGAUUUGAGUCUGAGCCGGAGUUGGCCGCUAGUUAUCCGUGAGAGGAGCCAGACCCAAAGCACAACACAACACAAUGAGACAGAAAGAAGCGAGAAACGAAGAAAUUGUAACAGCAACACAGGCAGCAGCUCAUCGAUCAGUUAAAAUUAAUAAAAUACUCAAUAAAUGCGUUCACAAAAACGUG